AUGGGACCAUUUGAAUCCUUGUAUGGAAGAAAAUGCCAAUUACCCAUUGGAUGGUUUGAAGUGGGAGAGGGUGCCUUAUUAUGCCCCGAGUUAGUUUUUGAGGCUUUGGAGAAGGUCAAGAUUAUUCUAGAAGGGUUAAGGACUUCCCAAAGUCGUCAAAAGUCCUAUUCGGAUGUUAGAAGAAGAGAUCUUGAAUUAGAUAUGGAAGAUUGGGUUUACUUGAAGAUUUUGCCAAUGAAAGGAGUAGUGCAUUUUGGAAAGAAGGGGAAACUUAGUCCCCGAUAUGUAGGACCAUAUAGGAUCCUAAGGCGUAUUUGUAAAGUGGCCUAUGAACUUGAGCUUCCAAUAGAAUUAGCCCCGGUUCAUCUAGUAUUCCAUGUAUCAAUGUUAAGGAAAUGUGUUGGUGAUCCCAAUACUAUUGUGCCUUUGGGUAAUGUGAGUGUUGAAGAUAACUUGACUUAUGAGGAAAUUCUGGUUGAUAUUUUGGACUGCCAAGUUAAAAGAUUAAGGAACAAGGAAGUUGCAUCCAUUAAAGUAUUUUGGAGAAACCUAGAAGUUGAAAGUGCUACUUGGGAAGUGGAGGUGGACAUGAUGAAAUGA